AACGCUCUUGAAGAUCGCGUUCUCACAUCGAAGACUCUCCGCGAAGUCCUUCCUCAGAGGUCUGAACUCGCCUCGUCCCCGGCUCCGGAAGAAUACCGAUCACCCCAAAAACUUCAUCAACCUAGUAAUGCUGGCGGCAAGACACAGAGCCCGCCUUGCGAUGCAGGAGGGAGAUCUCGCAGUCAGGCGAACGGAAGCGAAAAGAGUGGCGAGACGACUUUUUCAGGACGAGGGAAGCUCGGGGCAGGAUGCGCAGGAUCGUCGGAAGACAGGCGUCGACGAUAACCUGACGAACCGUCUGUCCGAGGAAGGGCGAAAGAGUUUAGCGGAGGCUGAGAAGAGGUGGAACUUUGAUUUCACCAACGAAAGACCGUUGGAGGGUAAAUACGCAUGGGUGAAGGUCGGCGAGGGUGAGGGGGACAAGGACUUUGAAUCACUGGCGGAGAAAGGGACCGAAGAAUUAAAAGAUAAUUCAGAGACUGAGCGGAAUGAGGGAGUUGAUAAUGAUGAUAAUUAGCUAUAGUCUUCAGGUACAUUACCAAGUGCAUAAAUAUAUUUAAAUCUUAUACGGAGAAAAGAAGAGAAGAGAGAGAAAAGGCAAUGCUACGUUAUAAGUAAUUAUUAGAUAAUAUUUUAUACCUGUGGGUAUGAAUGGUCGAAUAUUAAUUCGAAUGAAACGAAAAGAAGAGAAAAUGCAGAGGAAAUUCUGCUUGUUGAAGAAAAUUGUAAAUGCAUUCUAUACCAAAAAUCUACUUCGCAUAACGUGCAAUUACGAAGCAAAAUUCACGCGAGUAGAGAUAUUAGUCACGAUUCAUUAUAUCGUACGUGUAAUAUUAUUAAUUUUUAUUAUUAUUUUUUUUUAUCUGAUUGAUACGAUUUUUUAGUCAUUUAUAUAUUUAUUUAUUUCUUGUUUAAAUAAU